AUGGCUUCGAAACUAGCAACUUCCAACCUUUUUUCUGUAGCAUUAGCAGUAGUGAUUGCACUUUUCGCUUCUCCGGUGAUGUCCCGGGAAUUGAAAGAAGUAGUGUCAAUGUCAAUGGUUGAUAGACAUGAGGAAUGGAUUUCGCGACACGGGCGAGUUUACGCGGAUGAUGUCGAGAAAGCCCAUCGUUUCAAGAUUUUUCAGGAGAAUUUUGAGAUGAUUGAGGCAUUCAACAAGGCUGAGAAUCGUUCUUACAAGUUGGCAAUCAACCAUUUUGGUGAUUUGACAAAUGACGAGUUUCAUGCUGCUCACAAUGGGUACAUUCCAUUACCAAAACCAAAAGGAUAUAACCUAGACAGUAAUUUAUUUAGGUAUGAAGAUUAUGAUUUGGAUGCGGCUCCACCUAGUAUGGAUUGGAGAGCAAUGGGUGCAGUUACAGGAGUCAAGUACCAAGGAAAAUGUGGAUCUUGUUGGGCAUUUUCAGCUGUUGCGGCAAUGGAAGGAAUUCACAAAAUAAGAACCGGAGCUCUUAUCUCAUUAUCUGAACAAGAACUUCUUGAUUGUGCCAAUGGUUUCGGAAGUCAUGGUUGCAGUGGAGGUUAUAUGGAUGAUGCAUUCGGGUUCACCGCCGCGAACCACGGCCUUACGACCGAAGCCAACUAUCCAUACAUCGGUAUGCAAGGCAUGUGUAAUGCUAAUGCGGAAUCGAGCCGGGUUGCCUCGAUUGUAGGGUACGAGGAUGUGCCUCCGUACAACGAGGCCGCGCUCCUGUCUGCCGCGGCCAACCAACCGGUAUCCGUGGCUAUCGAUGCUCGCGGGCCGGAAUUCCAAUUCUAUGCCGGAGGCAUUUUUACGGGCUCGUGUGGGACCGAUUUAAACCACGGUGUAACGGUAGUCGGCUACGGCACGAGUCCCGAAGGAAUCAACUAUUGGUUGGUGAAGAACUCAUAUGGAGUUGGAUGGGGUGAGGGUGGAUACAUCCGUAUGCGAAGGGAUUAUGGUCCUGCUGGCCUUUGUGGUAUUGCAAUGAACCCUUCUUACCCGGUUGCCUAA